CACGGUUAUGUAUAAACAACCUCCAUGUUCUGGUACAACCGACGGCACCUCGGUCCACCUGAGGAGCUCUCUGCGCCGUCCGAGUGAAAACCACCUGAAGGUUGUAGAAUUGGAGCCAUGUUUGUGGACUGACGGCCUGAAGAAGGACUUGUUGAAGAGAUGAGUGGGAGGCUGGAGGAGAGGAGGCUCGGUGGAUGCUGAGGAGAAGCUGGACUCAUCUUCAUCCUCCCAUCUUCAUCCCACAGAAGAUUAGAUGGCGUUCAUGUCCCGGUUCUCUCGGUCCCGGAGCAGCUCCAGGUCUCCGAGCAGAAAAGAGUCGGAGCGAGGAUCUCCAACCCUGACGGUGUCGGAGCUGGAGAGGCUCCUGUACGCGGGUAAAACCGCCUGUAACCACGCCGACGAAGUGUGGCCACGCCUCUACAUCGGAGACCAAAACAUUGCAUCAGAUCGGCGGGAGCUGGCCCGGCUCGGCAUCACACACAUCCUGAACUGUGCGCAGAGUAAGUGGCGUGGCGGAGCCGAGUAUUAUGCAGGAAUGAACAUCACGUAUCACGGGAUAGAGGCUCACGACUCCCCGACCUUCGACAUGAGCGUCAAUUUUUAUCCUGCUGCAGAGUUCAUUCACAAAGCCCUCUCCAGUGGAGGUAAGGUUCUGGUCCACUGCACUGUGGGAGUGAGCCGCUCAGCCACCCUGGUUCUGGCCUACCUGAUGAUCCGACAGAACCUGACCCUGGUGGAUGCCAUCAAAACCGUCAAAGACCACCGAGGCGUCGUCCCCAACCGGGGUUUCCUUCGCCAGCUCAGCGGCCUGGACAGCAUCCUGAGAGAGAGCCGCAAGACUUCAGAGCUGAAAACACCCUGAAGUUCAUCAACUGGACCAAAGUUAGAGCCACUGGAUCCGAGUGGUACCAGGUGGUUCAUCUGAUCAGUCUUUACCAGGUGAGACAGCAGGACAUCUCCAGUGAAAACAUUCACGUGGACAAUGAUUCUAACGGUCUGUACCAAACAGUGACCCUGCUAGAAACAGGUACCAGACCUGAUGGUUUGAGGUGUCAUCAGGUCCAGGUUUCCUCUAUAAGCUGCAGGUAAACAUGGGACCUGUUUUCAGUUCUGGGUCUAUAAACAACACGUGUAGCCGAGCUUUCAGCUCCAGCCCAAAUAUUCACUAAGACCAGGAUUCAAUGACAAAUCAGGUGGUCUUCAUUUCUUUUGACCCAUGGCUCAGUUCUGGAGUCCACUGCCUUGGUUCUACCUGGACCUCUAAAUACCAUGUGGCUCUGCAGGACUUUCCAAAUCACAACAAGCUCAAACAUGUUUGUCUGGUAUUUGUGACCACAGCAGUCAAAGUUUCUGCAACGUUCAGGAACUUCUAGACCAAAUCUAAACCAGCGUAAAGUAGCUCAUAUUCUCAGAUGUAAUUACACAGUUAUUACCUGUGAGUAGAAACAUGGUGCAUAAACACAGUUUAGUGUUGAAUCAGCCUGUGGUUUUAAUGCAGAGUAUUAAACCAACCACAGCUUUUUUAUUAGUUCUUUUAAGAGUUUUAUAUGGGUUUCAGCUGCAGGAUCUCCAUGAACACUUCCUGUCCUUUCUGACAUACGUGGACUCAAACCUGCAGCCUCAGGAUUAUGAGACUGUGUGACCAGAGAGCUUCAACAGCCUUCACUUCAAUUCUAACAAAUAAUAAGAUUUUCCAUCCAGUCAACUCAGCUUUGCUGUAAAUAUUUAUCAGUGUAGUGAGCUGUGCAGAGGAAGAACUCAGUCUGCUGAGGGGCAGGGCCGGCCCGUGGCAUAGGCAGUAUGGGCAAAUGCUGAGGGCACCGUCUAUCUAGGAGACACUACAUACGAGGAAAAAAAAUUGUAAUUUUUUUUAUCAGUGUGAAGGUGACCCAUCACAUCAAACCGAUGACUAAGUCCCAAAGUGGUAUGUGGAGAAAUAGGCACAUCUAACAGGUUGAAAUUCUGAUAUUUUCCCUGUUAGCUAGCAAAGCUUUUGUUUCUUUCCAGUAGAGCUGGGCGGUAUGACCCAAAUUUUAUAUCAUGGUAUUUUCAACAACUG